AUGAUUUGCAAGACAGCUGCUGAUGUUAAACACUGUUUUAAUUUCAAAAUCACACGGUAUGCACCGAUUUCUUUAAUCUGGGAUCAUUGGAUUAAUAAUGAAACUAUUGUUGAGUACUUGGGGGGUUCUUCUCUAGAUGACUGCCCUGAUCUCUUUUUGAAAGAUAUGAUUUCUGGAUCUGGGUGGGAGCUUCCUGUUUCUAUUCCUAUGCAGCCGAGGAACUUGAUUGCUGGCUAUAACAUUAUUGAGGAGGUUGGACCUUGCCUGCUAUGGAAAAAACGGUGCACUUUUAAAUUCAAAAAUUAUAUAGAGGAAUUCUAUAUUGAUUAUCAAACCUGUUCCUGGCACAAAAUAGUGUGGGCUAAAAGAAACAUCCUUAAGCAUUCGGUUUAUGUUUGGUUGGCUGUUGUUCACGGCUUAAAGACAGCAGACGCUCUUAAUAAGAGAAAUAUUUUAGUUCCUGGCACUUGCAGCCUGUGCCAUCAUCACAAUGAAACAAUUUCUCAUCUGUUCUUUGAGUGA